AAGAAUGCUGUGAAACUGCUUGCCAACACUAGCAGGUGGAACUAGAGGUUAAAUAUUCCACUUAAGUGUGAUUAAUUUCUUAUUAAGUAGUACCUCACAUUAGAAUAAAAAUGUAUGGAAGUGCAAGAACAAUCAGUAACUUGGAAGGCAGUCCUGCCAGAUCUCCUCGUUUGCCAAGAUCUCCUCGCCUGGGUCACAGGCGAACAAGUAGUGGGGGAGGUGGGGGAACAGGUAAGACCUUAUCGAUGGAGAACAUCCAGUCACUUAAUGCUGCCUAUGCAACAUCUGGACCAAUGUACCUGAGUGAUCAUGAAGGUGUGGCAUCAACUACUUACCCAAAGGGCACAAUGACUCUUGGAAGGGCUACAAAUCGAGCUGUGUAUGGCGGUCGAGUUACAGCCAUGGGGAGCAGUCCUAAUAUUGCUUCUGCUGGUCUUUCCCAUUCGGAUCUCCUCUCUUAUACUGAUCAGCAUGGGGGACUGACAACAUCUUCACAUCAUCACCAUCAUCAGAUCCCUUCUAUGCUGAGACAGGUAAGGGACAGCACCAUGCUUGAUCUACAAGCUCAGCUUAAGGAGUUGCAGAGAGAGAAUGAUCUUCUAAGGAAGGAACUGGACAUCAAGGACAGCAAGCUUGGCUCUUCCAUGAACAGCAUCAAGACCUUCUGGAGUCCUGAACUCAAAAAGGAAAGAGUCUUGCGGAAAGAAGAAGCAGCCAGAAUGUCUGUUUUGAAAGAGCAGAUGAGAGUUUCUCAUGAGGAGAACCAGUUUUUGGAUGCCAGGAGAACAAAGCAUCUUCAGCUAACUAUUCAGGCACUCCAAGACGAGCUUCGAACCCAGAGAGACCUUAAUCAUCUCCUUCAACAAGAAAGUGGAAAUCGAGGUGCUGAACAUUUUACCAUUGAGCUUACAGAGGAGAAUUUUCGACGGCUUCAGGCUGAACAUGACAGGCAGGCAAAAGAGUUAUUUCUUUUGAGAAAAACUCUGGAAGAAAUGGAGCUGAGAAUUGAAACACAGAAACAGACACUAAAUGCCAGAGAUGAAUCCAUCAAAAAGCUGUUAGAAAUGUUGCAGAGUAAAGGUUUGCCAUCCAAAGGAAUGGACGAUGACAAUGAAAGAACUCGAAGGAUGGCAGAGGCUGAAUCUCAGGUUAAUCAUUUAGAAGUGAUUUUAGACCAGAAAGAGAAGGAAAACAUACAUCUUAGAGAGGAACUGCACAGAAGAACCCAACUUCAGCCUGAACCAGCUAAAACGAAAGCUCUUCAGACUGUCAUAGAAAUGAAGGACACAAAAAUAGCUUCAAUGGAACGGAAUAUAAGAGACCUUGAAGAUGAAAUACAGAUGUUGAAGACAAAUGGAGUUCUGAACACAGAAGACCGAGAAGAAGAAAUCAAACAAAUAGAAAUUUACAAGAGUCACUCAAAGUUCAUGAAAAAUAAGAUUGACCAGCUGAAGCAGGAGCUUUCAAAGAAAGAGUCAGAACUUCUUGCCUUACAAACUAAGCUUGAAACCCUUAGCAAUCAGAAUUCAGAUUGCAAACAACACAUUGAAGUGCUUAAAGAGUCGCUUACUGCCAAAGAACAGAGAGCUGCCAUACUUCAGACAGAGGUUGAUGCCUUGAGAUUGCGUUUAGAAGAGAAAGAAAGUUUCCUUAAUAAAAAAACCAAACAACUGCAAGACCUCACAGAAGAAAAGGGAACUUUGGCUGGAGAAAUCCGAGAUAUGAAAGACAUGUUAGAAGUCAAAGAAAGAAAAAUUAAUGUUCUUCAAAAAAAGAUUGAAAAUCUUCAGGAACAACUUAGGGAUAAAGACAAGCAGCUGACCAACCUGAAAGACAGAGUAAAAUCAUUACAGACUGAUUCCAGUAAUACUGACACUGCUCUAGCAACAUUGGAGGAAGCUCUGUCAGAGAAGGAGAGAAUUAUAGAGCGAUUAAAGGAGCAGAGGGAGAGAGAUGACCGUGAAAGGCUUGAAGAAAUUGAAUCCUUUAAAAAAGAAAACAAAGAUCUGAAGGAAAAAGUUAAUGCUUUACAAGCAGAGUUGACAGAAAAAGAGUCCAGCUUAAUUGAUCUGAAAGAACAUGCAUCAUCACUGGCUUCAGCAGGACUGAAAAGAGAUUCCAAACUAAAGUCUUUAGAAAUAGCCAUAGAGCAAAAGAAGGAGGAAUGCAAUAAACUGGAAGCACAACUGAAAAAGCAAGCUGAACAGUUGUUCAAUCAGAUGUACAAUCCAGCUCAUGAAGCUGAGGAGGAAGCACGGAUGAACCCUGAAUUUGCGGACAGAAUGAAGCAGCUUGACAAAGAAGCAGCCUAUUACAGGGACGAAUGCGGCAAAGCUCAAGCGGAAGUUGACAGACUUCUAGAAAUCCUUAAGGAAGUAGAGAAUGACAAAAAUGACAAAGAUAAGAAAAUUGCUGAACUAGAAAGACAUAUGAAAGAUCAAAACAAGAAGGUGGCCAACCUGAAGCACAAUCAACAAAUAGAAAAGAAGAAGAAUGCUCAGUUGCUAGAAGAAGUUCGUAGGCGUGAAGACAAUAUGACGGACAAUUCUCAGCAUUUACAGUUAGAAGAACUAAGGAAUGCACUGGAUAAGACCAGACAAGAGCUGGAUGCCACCAAAGCACGCCUUGGCUCAACUCAGCAGUCUCUGGCUGAGAAAGAAGCACAUCUGGCCAAUUUAAGAAUAGAACGAAGAAAACAGCUAGAAGAGAUACUGGAAAUGAAGCAGGAAGCAUUACUUGCUGCCAUCAGCGAAAAAGACGCAAAUAUUGCCUUGCUCGAACUGUCGGCUUCAAAGAAAAAGAAAACUCAAGAAGAAGUGAUGGCUUUGAAAAGAGAAAAAGACAGAUUAGUCCACCAGUUAAAACAGCAGUCUUUAAGCCAAGCCUGCCUUGUGACCGCUGGAGAAAAGGUCUGUAGAAAUAGGAAACAGCCCCAGAGCAUGAACAUGUCAUCCAUUUGUGAUGCUGACUUCAUGACAGACACUGGUGCCAAGUACCUGGGUUCCCGACAUGAUGCACACACGCUUCAGACACAGAACAGGAUGAAACUGAUGGCAGACAACUAUGACGAUGAUCAUCACCACUACCACCACCACCACCAUCACCACCACCACAGAUCUCCUGGGAGGACACAGCACACCAAUCACAGACCUUCUCCGGAACAGGAUGAUGAGGAGGGUAUAUGGGCAUAGCCGGUUCCUAUAAACCAAAGUUCCAGUUUUGUUUUGAGGGAUGAUCCAGUCACUGUUGGAGGCACAUUGCCACGGCACAAUCUCAUGCUGUACAUUGAUCACCUGUCCAACCUUUGCCUAGAGUGCAAUCCCCAGUUCCUUCAAGAGAUCCAACUUUACCUGUCUAUAAAGAAGAAGAGGAGGGAGACAUCUGGGAUAACCAAGCAUCAGAGCAUUAACACCAGAGCAGUUAUCAGAGGAGCUGGCGAAAGAAGCAGGGAAAAAAUGCAGCACCGCAGGAUGAUGGAGAAGAGGAAGAUGAGGAUAUUCACUGCAAUGGAACUCUGAUUGCAGUUACCACACUUGGAACACAGUCCCAGAAAGAUCACAGAAACGAGUGGAGUGUGGGAAUGUUGCCAUCGCACAAUAUGCUGCACAAAUGGAUGUCUUCUCCAUUAUUUCUUGUCAUCUAUUACAAAGUCAGAUACUUUCGAAAAUAAUGAAGGGGACUCAAUUGGAAAUUACAUGACCUUCAUUUUCCUUAAUAGGUCAUAAUAAUUGUUCCUUUUAUUUUAACAAUUACCAUCUGUUCUUAACAUUCCUAAUGAAGUUCAUUGCAAUAGGACCUUUAAUUUGAUAGAUUUUAUUAAUUUUUAAUAUGUAAUUCAGGUUCUGUUAGCUGCAAUAUCAUCAUCUGCUGAUUCUGGCUAGUUACUUCUGAAUUCUUCAAGCAGUAGAUUAUUACAGGUACUAGCAAGCUGUUACAUAAUGGUGUCAGCAUUAAUUGUACCCCCAGUAAUGUGGGCUUUUCAGGGUAAUAAAAACUUAGCCUUUGCCCUCCUCUGUUUCUUAUCUUUACUGUUAAACCAAUCACAUUUCUGAUAGUAUAACCAAUAUUAAGCUCUGGGCCAGGUUGGAAAUGAAAUCAAUUUUUGGUACUAAUAAUUGUUGGCAUAUGAAAAAUAUGGUGUGUGUCUCUGACAAUGCAUGGGGCAUCUAAAUUGAUUAGAAAUUAUUUAUAUGCAGUGGUCGAUGUAUGCCUGGAUGAUAAAAGCUUGAAAAAGCAUGUGUACAUGUAUGUGUCCAUAUACAUAUACCUAAGCAUCUGUAAGGAUGUGUCAAACUUUUAUCAUCUAAAUGCACACCGGUAUUUAAUAAGCUGGGACUCUUAAUUUUU